ACACACAUUCCUAUAAAGCCUUAAUGGCUUUUGUUUGGUUAAACGCCUUGGCAAAUUCAUCUUCCUUUUCUCAAGGCCACUCUUCUGCUUCAUCAGUCCGUACGUUGAGGUUUGAUUCUAAGGAUUUUCACAAAAAUUGAUCCUUUCGUUCACUGUCUGAUCAAUACGACGACGCAUUGCUGUUAAUUUAGGAUGUCGUCGUCAUCGACACGUCAUCACCACCACCCAGAGUGGACAGCCUUGUCAACAAAGCUACUCGCGAACCUAAUACUCGACCAGGUCCGGAAAGGAAACACAGUGAACAACAGCAGCUCCUCCUUAUCCAACAAAGCUUGGAACUUUAUAACCCACGAGUUCCACACGAGAAGCGGCGGCGGCGUCAGACGCGACAAAGAACAUCUCAAGAACAGGUUCGCUCUCCUCGCACGCCAAUUCUCCCUCGUCAAGCUGAUCCUAUCUCGAGACGACUUCGUUUUCGACGAAUCCACCGGUUGUAUCAUCGCCUCUGAUGAAUCUUGGGACCAAUACGUAAAGGAGUGUCCUGACGCCGAGGCUGUGAGAAGAGGCGGCUGUCCAGUUUACAGUCAGCUCUCUCAGAUAUUCAGAGUUGUUCAUCUCGAGGAGGAGGAAACUGUGUUACCGGAGGGGCCAAAGAGAAGGCCUAGCAGAGGCGUGGAGGCUGCUAUUGCUAAUGCUAUAGGUGAAAUGGCGGCUGCUUCCAGGCUAAGGACUAGUUCCUUGACUCAGAUGAGCAGCAGGUUCACUCUUGCUGAGUGUAUCAGAGAGCUAGAUGGGAUUCACGGCGUAGCGGAGAAUGUUUAUUUCGCUGCACUCGAGAUCUUCAACAACCCAUGUGCAAGAGAGACGUUCUUGUCGUUGAGAAGUGACAUGCGUUUGGCUUGGCUUCAGUGGAAAUGCGCUACUUGUUUCUCCUACUAGCUAAUAAUCAAUGUUCAGGCAAAUGAUUCAAUGAAAAGUUCAGUUUUCUAAAAAUAGCAUAAA